AUGACCCAGGCAGCAGAAAGAGCCUAUUACAGGUUUAUGUGGCUCUUUUUCAAGUGUCUACUGACCUUUGGCUCCUUUUUCUGCUUUGACAUGCCCAGUGUGCUUCCGCAGCAGUUCCAGGGAGAGGGUGAGUACAGAAUUAAUCUCACUUGUCCCAAUUCUACCAUGACCAAAUGAACAGCAGAUUGUGUGGAGGGACUAGGGAUGACCCUACAGCAAUUCAACCUUCUCUAUGCUACCUAUGCAUGGGCUAAAGCUGUGGUGGUGAUACUGGCUGGUUUCUUCAUAGACAAGCUGGGAAAUUGCGUUGGGCUCUUCCUGUUCUCCAUCCUUCUCGUGCUGGGUUCAGCUACUUUUGCUUUAGGAUCUCACUUCAAGGACACAAGUUAUCUAUUGCCGCUGAUGCUCACUGGCCAACUUCUCAUGGGCACAAGCUGCGGGUCACUCCAAACUGUUCAGCAGCGGGUAAUUGCUUUCUGGUUCAAAAGAAAGGAGCUGUCGCUGGCUUUUGGACUGGCGAUGACUUGCUCUCGUCUGGGCAGUGUCUUCAAUUUCUUUUUAACACCAUCUUUUGAGAGAAACUUUGGGAUUCAGUGGAUGCUUUGUGGAGGCACAUUGCUGUGUGUUCUUAGCUUUUUGGCAGCCAUCAUUGUUAGCAUCCUGGAUAGAGUUGGCAUAAAACAACUUGGGCUAGGUGUCCUUCAAGAGGAAUCCAAGAAAGUGCGCUUCCAAGACAUUUGUUAUUUGUCUCUCCGGUACUGGCUGUUAGUGUUCACCAUCAUGUUCUUCUAUAAUGAAAUCUUUCCUUUUAUUGCUGAUGCCAGCAAGUUCAUUCAGGAUAAAUAUUCUGGGUACAGUCAGCAGGAAACUUCCUAUAUUGUUGGUGCUAUCUUUGAUACUUCAUUGGUGCUCUUUUCUAUAGGUGGAAUCCUCAUUGAUGAUGUAGGUCUGAGAGGAAUACUUGUCACAGUAUGUGCUGUGCUGAUGCUCCCAACGUUUGCAAUGCUGGCGUUCACCUUUGUACCGUCAUUGGUUUCCACAAUAUGGUUGGGGGUUUCCUACUUGUUUAUUGCUGCAUGUUUGUGGCCAUCAAUCUUCCUAGUAGUUUCUCGGGCAAAUGUUGGAACAGCUCUGGGGCUUGCAAUUUCAGUGCAAAUGAUUGGCGUAUGUCUUUGUAAUUUGAUUGUUGGCCUUAUCCUUGGAAACAAUUCCAGUGAUCUGAAGAUCCCAGUGCGUCACUGGCAGCAGAUGAUGAUCUUCAUGAUGCCGAAUACCUCCAGCUGCAUCAUCACCUCCAUCUUUCUCAAUAUAGUGGACAACAGAGAGGAUGGCACAUUGAACAGAACCACAAAGCAUUCAGAAGCUGCACAAGAGCAAUCUUAUAUCCUCUUUGCUAAGGAGGAGCAGUGA